AUGACGAGUCAGUUUUUACCUGCGAUCAUCAUCUACACUAUGCACAAAUUCAACUCUUUGUUCCUUAAAUUCAACUUGUGUUUUUUUGUUCUCUUCCUAACUUCCCGCGCUUUAUGCCUUAAACCCAAAAAAAUGAACCGUUUUUUCUCCUCCAUUCUCCUCCUCACACUUCUCAUCUCCGCCGUGACCGCCACCGGCGACGGCAACGACACCGCCGCACUCCUCCUCUUUCAGUCCCAAACUGACAUCCACGGCACUCUCCUUCACAAUUGGACACUUCCGUUGAACUCCACCACCGCUUGCAGAGCUCAAUGGCUUGGUAUAAAAUGCAUAAACAACCGUGUCUCCGCCGUAAUCCUCCCGUCGUUCAAUCUCCGGGGACCCAUUACCGCUCUCUCUUCUUUACCUUUACUCCGCCUUCUCGACCUCCGUAACAAUCGCCUUAACGGAACCCUCACACCCAUUACCCAAUGUACUAAUCUUAAGCUCAUUUACCUCUCCGGCAACGAUUUCUCCGGCGAAAUUCCGCCGGAAAUUUCUUCUCUCCGUCGUCUCCUCCGCCUUGACGUUUCAAAUAACAACCUAGAAGGCUCAAUUCCGACCCAGAUUGCGAAUUUGACCCGAUUACUCACCCUUCGUUUACAGAACAAUGAACUUUCUGGAACAAUCCCAAAAUCCCUAAAUUCUCUUCAAAAUCUUAAAGAAUUGAACUUUUCGAAUAAUGAGCUUUAUGGGUCUGUUCCAAAUGGUUUAUAUAAUCAUUUUGGUGAAAAUAGCUUUGAUGGAAAUGAGGGUUUAUGUGGAAUUGGGAAUUUACCUCAAUGUUCAUAUACAGGGGAAAUAGUUCCUUCAAACCCUAGCUCUUUGCCUACAACCUCCACUGCAACAAUCGAAGAACCCCACGAAAAAUCGCGAAAAGGGUUGAGUAGAGGAGGGGUAGUAGCAAUAGUGAUGGUGAAUGUGGUGGCAUUGUUAGUUGUAGUGUCAUUUAUGGUAGCAUAUUACUGUGGGAAGUAUUCAAGAACUCAGAGUUUUUCAAUGUCAGGAAGUGAGUGUGGGAAGAGGAGGAGUAGUUAUUCGAGCGAAAAACGAGUUUACGCUAAUAACAAUGGUGGUGGUGGUGGUGAUAGUGAUGGUACAACAGCUACUGAUAGAAGUAAACUCGUGUUUUUCGAUAGGAGGAAGCCAUUUGAGCUUGAGGAAUUGUUAAGAGCAUCAGCUGAGAUGCUUGGUAAAGGGUGUUUAGGUACUGUUUAUAAGGCAGUUCUUGAUGAUGGGAUUACAGUUGCUGUAAAAAGAUUGAAAGAUGCAAAUCCAUGUCCAAGAAAGGAGUUUGAACAGUAUAUGGAUGUUAUUGGAAAGCUUAAGCAUCCAAAUAUGGUGAAACUUAGAGCUUACUAUUAUGCCAAGGAAGAAAAAUUGCUUGUUUAUGACUACUUGCCUAAUGGGAGUUUGCAUUCACUUCUUCAUGGAAACAGAGGACCAGGGAGAAUUCCAUUGGAUUGGACAACAAGGAUUAGCUUGGUGCUAGGGGUAGCUAGAGGGCUUGCUCACAUUCAUGAAGAGUAUGCAGAUUCAAGAAUCCCACAUGGGAAUGUGAAAUCAUCUAAUGUGUUGCUUGACAAAAAUGGUGUGGCUUGUAUAUCUGAUUUUGGGUUGUCAUUGCUUUUGAAUCCCGUUCAUGCCAUAGCUAGAUUAGGAGGAUACCAAGCACCCGAACAAUCUGAAAUCAAGAGGCUAUCUCAAAAAUCUGAUGUUUAUAGCUUUGGAGUACUGUUAUUAGAAGUUCUCACUGGUAGAGCUCCUUCAGAGUACCCUUCACCGACUAGGCCUCGCGAUGAGGAGGAAGAAUUGCCAGUGGAUUUGCCUAAAUGGGUUCGAUCAGUAGUGAGGGACGAGUGGACUGCUGAAGUGUUUGAUCAAGAACUGUUGAGGUACAAAAACAUUGAGGAGGAAUUGGUGUCAAUGCUACAUGUAGCCAUGGCAUGUGUAGUGCCACUACCUGAAAAAAGGCCUACUAUGGUUGAAGUUGUUAAGUUGAUUGAGGAGAUUAGAGUUGAACAAUCUCCAUUAGGUGAAGAUUAUGACGAAUCGCGCAAUUCUCUUUCCCCCUCCCUUGCCACCACUGAAGAUGGACUCCCCGGUUACUAAUUUUCGAUCAUCGUGGCAUUGAUGUUUCAUAGUCCUAGUAGUAUAUGUUCAAAUUUGCAGCAUCUUACUGCAAAUUGGGAAGUUCAAAAGCUAUGGACUUAUGUUUAGUAGUUAUUUGAUUGCUUUGUGUUAUUCCAAAUUACUGCACUUUUGGAAAAUCUGAUGAUCCAACAAGCAUAUAAGAAGUGCAGCAAUCAGUCCAUUAUGUAU